CCAACAAGGUUGAAGAUGUAGAAAUUAGGCCAAGUGAAAUAAAAAGAAUACAUUCGAAUGAGUUUGAACCAAUCAAUGAUAUCGAAAGCAUUUUUUUAGAUUCUGAGACUGGCCAAAGUCCUUCAGAAUCUGAAAUAAUACUUUGGAAUGAUCAAUUGGAUAUAAAAGACAUAGAGCCAAUGAAUUAUGAACAGGAAAACGAAACUGGAGAAUGUUCAAAUAUAGGAAAAGUAGUGUUAAAUGAAUUUGAAGAAUGUUUAAAUACAGAAAAUGAAUAUAUAACUAUAAACUUUACUUUUGAU